GGCGCGUUUUUGGAUUCCGGCGUUGUUGAAGAUUCCAGAAGUUUUUCGCCUAUUUCCUCGCUCUGUGUGAUCAAAAUCUGUGUGUCAAUAUUGUCGUAAUUCCACCAUAUCAUCAGGAGGGUCAGAAUUACUUGUUGAGUGAGUAUACCUGAAGUUAAGAGUAAAAUGGGAUCUGGAGAAAUUCGUUGGGUACCACUGGAGUCCAAUCCAGAGGUCAUGACCAAGUACUCUCGGUCGUUGGGGGCAUCGGUGGGUCAGUGGGUCGAUGUUUUCGCAUUGGACGAGGACUCACUCGCAGCCGUUCCGCAGCCAGUUAAAGCUGUCAUUCUCCUCUUCCCUAUUUCCGAAGGGUAUGACCAGUACUGCAAGGAACAGGAUGAAGCACUCAAACUCAAGGGACAAGAGGUUCCACAGGAUUUGUUUUACAUGAAACAGUUUAUUCACAAUGCUUGUGGUACGGUCGGAAUGAUUCAUUCAUUGGGGAACAAUUUUGAAGAUCUGAAGCUGGACAGUGAGAGCAUUCUGAAAAAGUUUUUGGAAAAUACAAAAGAUAUGGAUGCGCAUGCUAGAGGUUUGGAGCUGGAAAAGUUUAAUCAAAUCGCGACUGUCCACGAGGAAAUUGCUAGCGAAGGUCAAACCGCUGCACCUAGUCGAGACGACACUUUGGUUACCCAUUUUGUUGCAUUUGUCCACAAGGAUGGACACUUGUACGAGUUGGAUGGACGACGAGAAUUUCCAAUUAAUCAUGGUGCAACUACUGCUGAGGACCUUUUGAAGGACGCUGCUGCCGUGUGCAAGUCGAGGAUAGAGCGAGAUCCGACAGAAUAUCGUUUUACCAUCGUUGCCCUCACCACCGGCGAUGUCGAAUAAUGUAACAAGACCACUCAACUUGAGAACUUUAAGCCUGCAUUCAAACAAAAAAAAAACAUUCGUCUGAAUAAUUAUAAAUUUAUAAUAUAAUCUAAAUUGGUAUAUCUGUGUAAUUUACUUAAUAAUCUUAUUAGUCUUAUCUCUAUCAAUCCCGGUGCGUUGUUCAAUGUCUUAUAAAAAAGCAAUCAUUAGUACCCUAAAUUAAAUUAUUUACAUUAUGAAAUCAAAACAGAAUUUUGCACAUGCAUAAAUAAGUACGUAUGGAAAGAAAUAUAUGUAUAUCUUUUACAUUGGUUUUCCAAUUCUGAUUUUUAAUAUACUUCUAAAUCUAAAUUAGUUUCAUUUUGUACGGUGUUCCGAAUAAAUAUAAGAAGGU